AUGCCACGGUGGCGUCUGGCCGCAAUUUCAGGCGCCUAUCCAAGCCACCGAGCCCCAUUCGCCCUGUCCAGCGCUCUUGCCAACCAUGACAUCCUGCCCCGCAGUGGUAAACACAUCAGCUACAAGCAACUGUCGCUUGUCAUCCAACAUGCCUAUAACCUUGCGCCAUGCUCGCCAACCAGCUCACUGCUUCGGCCCAUCAGCUUGGCCAAGGGCGGGUUGGAUCGACAUGCAGGACCUCAGUGCUUUGAAUGUCAUCUAGCACGAUGCCUCAUUUACACGUACGUUCCUCAUCCGGACUUCCCGGGCUGGCCGUUGGUGUGCUGGCGCGCGAAAUGCACAGGUCCCGACAUCGCGUUCUGUCCCGACCAGGGCGUCCCGCACCCCGACCUAGUAGACAAUUUCCUCUCCCACGCAUCGAAUGGCAAAUCCCUCUCGCUCGAUGACGUAGUCUACUUCUCUGGCCUCCGCGGCGCGGAGUGCAGACGUACCAAUGGCCAAUACUCAAGGACGUGGAACUUCCUGCACCAGUUCUUCGGUAGUCUCCUCCUCCUUUCCAGCUAG